GAAUCAUAAUCUUCUUAUCCACACCGCUCUACUCUGUUGAAGUAAAAAAAAAAAUAGAAAUAUUGAUGGAGGGAAGCUCCAUUUUGAGGUAUUCACAGUCAAAUAAUGUUUACAACAUCACUGCUACUACUACACCUUCACAUUCAUCUUCCUCUUCUUCCCUUUUCAAAUGGCAACCCACCAAUUUGAAACUCAACUACCACAAAACCAAAAUGUUGGCGGCACUCUCUUCGCUUCCUCCUCCCCGCGCCAAUUCCGCAUCUGUGGUUGAAAAAUGUGUUGAAUUUAUGCCUAAGAUUGAUAAGAGUGGCAGGUUCUGCAGCCCCAGAGCCGCCCGUGAGCUCGCUCUAAUGACGAUAUAUGCAGCAUGUUUGGAAGGGUCAGAUCCAAUUCGACUCUUUGAGAAACGGCUGAAUGCAAGGAGAGAAGCUGGUUAUGAAUUUGACAAGACGUCGUUGUUGGAAUAUAAUCACAUGAGCUUUGGAGGACCUCCUGUUACAACAGAAACUGUUGAAGAAGCUGAUGAGCUUCUACGCAGUGAUGAAAAAGAGUCUGCAGUUGAAGCAGAAGUCCUCUCAGCGCCUCCUAAGUUGGUCUACAGCAAAUUACUUUUGCGUUUCACUAAGAAGCUUCUAGUAGCAGUUGUGGAUAAGUGGGACAGCCAUGUCCUUGUUAUAGACAAAGUUGCGCCGCCUAAUUGGAAGAAUGAGCCAGCUGGUAGAAUUUUGGAAUUCUGUGUCCUCCAUUUGGCAAUGUCUGAGAUCUCAGUUGUUGGAACGCGGCACCAGAUUGUCAUUAAUGAGGCCGUCGAUCUUGCUAAACGCUUUUGUGAUGGUGCUGCACCUCGCGUAAUCAAUGGGUGUCUUAGGACUUUUGUGAAGGAUAUAUCAGGAAGUAGUGUGAGUCAGGAUUCCAACGCUAAUGAAAAGGUACAAGCGUAAAGUCUGAAACUCUUCUAAAAACUAUGGAGCAUUUGCAACGAAACGUGAAUUCGGGUAUCUCAUUUCAUCCUCGAGAGAAUGUCUCACUUUUCAAGAAUGAAGUGUAGAAAAAUCAAUAGCAGGUGGAGCUGUGAUGAUAAGUGAACAACAGAGGAGAAGAUAUGUAUAUGUUGUUGUAUUGUGGAAGUUAAAUUUAAAGCAGACAAACAACAUUAACAUUUUUGAUAUUCCCUUUGCUGCUAUUGAGUUUUUGUUUUAGACAGGCAUAUGAUGAGAUUAUGUUAAUCUUAAUUUUUUGUCCUAA